AUGUCUUUUGGCCUGAAAAACACGGCCCAGUCGUUCCAGAGGCUAAUGGGCUCGGCUCAUGUGGACAUUUCCAGACCAUUCGAAUUGUCCCAGGCCCCACGCCGUGGAAGCUCCCCAGCACUGUGUUCCUCCCAGCACUGGGAUUCCCUCUGCUUGGACAGUGUCAUUGUCACCGGGGCCAGUGGUCGGGCCGGCUGUACCCACCACUCCACUCCCCUCAACUCCUGCCACCUGUACUCUUAG